AUGACUGGAAGUCUGUACUGCAACGAUAUCGUCUCUCCACCUGAUGAGCUCGAAUUAUGGGAACCGAACUGGCAGUAUGCCCCAACCCCAGGAUACCUCCGCAGCCCCUACAGUACUCGAUCCACGUGUAGCCCCGACCGGUCUAGUAUACCUGAGAAUGGAUCCGAGCCAGCAAGCCAAUCACAGACAGAUACCCUCAAACUGCUUCAACUCUCUGAAUGGGAAGAGGGAAGAGACUACGACGAAGACCCGCCAACUUGUAUCCACUACUUAAUAGAGUGGCGAGUUACAGUCAACAAUAAGAUUGUCGCAAAAGACACGGAAGAGGACGUGGUUCUGGCCCCAAAUGCCUUCUGGGAAGAGACCUUGAAAGGAAAACUAGAGAAUGUCCUCCGAGGGAAAGUCUCCGCCGACCGAAGGGUCAGAGCUGAUGAUACUGCAAUUGUUGUGUCUGUAAAUGAUCGCUCCCAGCGUGACCUCACCAAGCGAUUCGACAAACUGGAUAUUAAUUGGACCGCCAUCGAGAAGAAGCUCCACAUGUGGUCUGGUCUGUUUUACCAUGGAAAGAAACUCAGACUAAAUAUCUGUUUUAACUAUGUGGAGGAUCGCUCUUCUCCAACCGCUGGUCGGCGAGGAGAGAAGAGAGGAAAAUCUUCCGUCACAACGAGAAUGCUUGAUGAUCGGGAUGCACAGCUUGAUGCUGAGGAGAAUUCCUGUGGGCAGCAGUCUAUUUGGCGCCGCGUUUAUAAUCUGAUGAAAUGUGCUUCGGCUUCUUGCCACCUUGGUCCUUACUGCUGGCUGGACCCAAUGGGGAAAAAGCAUUAUCAACUCCGCACGCAUCAUCUCAGACGUUUGGUGACCUACGUCGAAAAGGGUGGCGUUCUGGAGACACACAGAGACGUCCCAGAUGACAUCAGGGAAGAGCUAUACAUGGAAGAGCAGCAGAGACUGGAGAAAAAAAGCUCUCAUCCCUCUGGAAAGGACAUUACGGCUCCCAAGGUGGCCCUUGAGACUGCAAGCUUGAAGGAUAUAGGACCACUGCACAUACCCGGUUUCAGGGACGUAGCUGUCAAAGAAUACGGUGAGUGGCUUGCCUCGAGUGUCGAGGACGACAACCUCAAAGCAGCGUUUCGACAAGCCUGCGACGUAACGCUGUCAGAUGGUUUCGACCUUGAGCACAUCUACAAGGACCAAAACCCAGAAUUCUUUGUUGGCAAGGGGAUCAAACCCGGAAUUGCCCGAACUUUCGUGGAGAAUAUUCGUGACUGGGUUGAGAAUGUGAAGAAAACUGCGCACGUUGUUGAAGUGAUGUAG